AUGGCUACAGAGUCAGAGCUGCCAGAGAUGUGGGCGUCUGCCCUGGCCGAGUACGAGCGGGACACGAAGCGCCCGCUCGAUCGCAAACUGCUGGAGCGCAUGCGGAAAGUGACGACCCCGGAAGAUCUGCUUGCCGAGAUCGAGGCCUCGGACCAGGCCUUCGGCGACUUUCGGAACAAGCGCGGCGGGCUGUGGCGAAAGCUGAGCGGCUUUGUGCCGCCGCUCGUUGCCGCGCUCAAGCUUGUAGUCGUGCCGUUGGGCGCAUCGGCCGAUGUUGUCGGCUUCCCGGCCAGUGCUGUGUUUGGGGCAUUGUUGCAUCUUGUUCAGAGUUGCCAAAACGUCUCCGAUGCAUUUGACUGGGUUGAAGAAGUUUUUGGCGAGUUGAAACGCUUUCUUGAUCGGUUGACGGCCUUGAUGCAAGCGCCGUUGCAUUCGCUGCUGAAGGACCAAGUGAUUGCGAUAUUAGUCUGCGUGUUGCGAGUAAUCGGUCGUUCUGAAGCUCUUAUUCGAGGAUCGCAUUUUCGUCAAUAUCUGAGGGUGACGUUCCUUGGCAAGGAUGAAAAGACAACCAAGAUCAUCGGUGAUUUCAACAAGCGUGUGGCAAACGAACACUUGUUUGAAGUCUCCUUGACUUUGGCUACGGUCCAGAAGAUUGAGGACAAGCAAGAAAAAAACACAUCCGAUAUCAGGAGUGAAAUACAAGCGGUCCACAACACCAUCAAAGAGGGACAGCAGCAAGAGACGGCCGAACAGGUCCAGGAACGAAUACAACGCAUCCUUUGUGGAACUACCGCUGUGUACGAAGUGCAGGAGACUUAUCACAGAAUCAAGAAGGAUCUACUCCAAGGCACUGGUGCCUGGAUCAGAGACGAGCCCAUUUUCCAGUCAUGGAUCAAGCACCAGGCCAGCAUCCUUUGGAUUUUUGGUGGUCCAGGCUCGGGCAAAUCCUACCUAUCGGCAUGGAUUACUAUGCAACUGACAGAAAACCUAAUCGAUCCUGAGUACACGCAAGAGAGUUCUGUGGCCUACUUCUUCGUCAAGGAAAACAACAAAGAUCUUCGAAAUGCCAACAACAUAUUAAAGACGCUGGCCUGGCAGUUGUGCGAACAGGAUGUUUAUUUCAAAGCCCACGUGGCUGCGGCGUGCAAGGGCAACAAAAACCCCACGUUUACACCCCAAGAUACGUGGGAGAAUCUUUUUCUGGGUUAUUACAACAGCAAGGAGCCAGUUCCGACCAGGGCAACUAUCGUCAUCGACGGGCUGGACGAAGCCCCCCGCGAAACAAGACAGAUUCUUCUCGGCUUCCUCAAACGACUCGUGUCAGCAUCGCGCUCGACAGACCGCGUAUCAAUACAGUUUGCAGUCGUGGGACGUAACGAUCUGCGCAACGACAUGGACUUUACGCGACAGGAAAAGUUUUACCUCAUCAAGGUCGACAAGACGAAGAAUCAAAACGAUAUCGACAGCUACGUGCGACAGAGGCUCGAGGACGUCGAGGUUCUACGGCGGAUGCGACGGGUGAAGCCGCGCGGGAAGCAGGAUGCCAACGCCGCGGGCGCCCGCAUAAAAAAACGCAUUCUCGCCGGUGCGGAUGGCGUGUUCCUGUGGGCGAGGCUGCUGAUCAAAAUGAUACUCAGCAAGGACCUUGCACAAAUCGAAGAAAUCCUUCGCGAGCCGCCCGAAACACUCGAUGACAUGAUCGAAUCGGUGCUGGACCGUAUGGCGAGCGAUAAGGAUCUUGGGCACCAGAUGCUCAGGAAGAUGUUGCUUUAUGUGGUCUAUGUGCAGCGACCGCUCCGUUUUGGCGAGCUGAACGAGUUCUUGAGUCUGCCGGAUAGGAAACCCAACUUGUUGCUCUGGGAAAGGACUCGGGGCGUACUCUCGGCCGUUUUCGAUCUGCGGUUCCCCGGCGACCAAGACCCAGAUGAGAUGGAGGAUGAUGCCGAAGUAAAUGAACUCGAUGGGUCUGGUGACGAGAAGAGGAACGGCGAUGGCUCUGACCAGUCCGACGACGAAGAUGAUGGCUUUGAUUUUACUGGGGACGAUGAAGACGAAGACGCUGGUGCCGACGACAGCGAAAAGCAGGAAAUCUUUGUGCCCAUCGCUUUGCACCGCCUACACACAUCAUGGGAGGUGCAGCUUCGCCGGCAGAACACGACAACCCAAUAUCACACAUACCUCAGAGACGCUCAGCUCAAGACCAAGAUUACUUUUUGCCAUGCCCGCUUCAAGGAUUACUUGCAGCGGGAAGGUCGCUCCCGGAACCGCACCAAGCUGGUGCACGCCAUCAUCCCCGAGACCGAAAGGGUGCAUGUCGAAAUAACCAUGAUGUGCCUCGAAGUCUUCAUGCUGGAGUACUCACUCAAGGACCACAGCAAAUACCUAGUCGAUUACCCCCUCAACUACCUCGGCUUCCACCUUCGUCGCGUUGACCUCGGGCAAGUUUCGGACUUUGAGUUUGCCAAGGUCGUUAAAGGUCUGUAUUGGCUCUUCGGUACGGAGCGGGGAGCGGUUUGCUUCGUUUUAGCCAACCAGGACUAUGAUCUGGACGGCACCCGCUCGAGCGAGAGUGCUUUUUCUCGGAACUGGGUCACAAGCGUAGAGAAUUUGAAACUCGUGCAGACGUGGUUCCGUCACGUCGCGUUGCGCAGUACCAACGUGGACGUCGACCACGACGUUCGAGCCUGGAUGCAGACUGCUUCAGAGAGCUAUGCCGAGCUACUAAAGUGCGUCAUGAUGGCGGCUAGCAAGAGCUGGCUUACCAAACCGAGCUAUGACAGCGACGAAUAUCGUGUCAAAGGCUACUUCCCGUGCUGGUUGAUGGAAGGGUGGCUGAGUUUGUACGAGACCGGUGAAGUUUCGACCCGGCUGGAAGGUCUAGACUACUCGUACGACAGUUUAAAAUUUCUGCAGCGGGUCAGUGCCUCCCAUCUCAAGCACCUCGCGUUCUGGGCUGGACUCGAACGGGACACGCACUGGCACACCUGCCUAGGGUGGAUGCUCAUGGAGGGAUGCCACUUCACCGAAGCCAUUGCGCAUUACGAUAUGGCCAUACAGCUCAGCCCCAAAGACGCCUGGGUUGCCAUGGAGGGUAGAGCCCGCUGCCAUGGAAGCAUGGAAGAAUAUCAAGAGGCGAUCGACUGGCAGAGGCGAGCGAUAGGGUCGCUGCCCGAAGGCAUGGAUAACAUCGGGGCUUUUCUGUACCCUCGCAUCGCAGAGUGGGCCGCGCGGCUGGGGGAUCAGGAUGCCUCGUUUGAGGCAGCCGAGCUCGGUUUCAACAUCGACGAGUACAGUCUGCUCGCGCAGGUACGCUACAUCGAAGCGCUGUGGCGCAAGGACGACUUGGACCGACUGAUGCAAAUUUUCGACUGGCUGCACAGGCAGAGCACUGAUGACGAGCGAGGGUACAGCUGGUUUGUGCGGCUUCUGCUGCAGGGAGAUUGCAUCUUGGGUGAGUUGGGCCAGGCUUGCCGCAAGACCGGACAGCCAACAUGGGUGCUCGAUGAGCUAGGCGCGGUGGAGGAGCAGGUCCAGAAGGGCGGCUCCAAGUACGACGCGAGCAACUUGGUGUGGUGGUCGUACAACCUGAUGUGGUUUUACAAACAUUGGUACGACGACUGCGCCGACCAUGUCAUGCGGCUGGGCGAGCAGUUCCUCGACUCGCUCAAGCUGCUCUCGCCCGAGCUGCAGCGCUCGUGGGAAAGUCAGCGCAGCCGGGUCGUCAACAAGCUCGCGGAGCUGUACUACGACAAGGCGGUGGCGACUUGGGACGAGGGCCGCGGGGCAACCAAGGCGACGACGUUUGCAAACAAGCUCAAGAUGCUCGCCGUCAGUGUGCCCACCAGCACGGCCGAGGGCUUUGAGGGAUUCGACUUCUUCCACAAGGACUACCCGGCGCUUUUGUGGGGGCGGUGGCUGAGGGACUUUCGCAAAGCCGACGAAAACGCAUGGAAGGAGUCGUUCAAGGUGCGACUGCUCGAGGAGAUGAAGAGCUUGGACGACGAGGAUCCGGCAAACGAUACCAGAGGCAUGGCCGCGCUGGCAGUGAGCUUGUUUCAUGCGGGGGAUAGGAAGAAUGCCGCGGCGUUGCUGGCUAUUUUGUUUCAACCACUGGAGAGUUAUGAGCCCGAAGAGGAGGAGGAGGAUGAGGAGAGCGACGAGGAGCAAAGUGUUUGUGAUGAUGAUGAUGAUGAUGAUGAUGAUGAUGAUGGAGAUGGGAAGACGAAAGAAGACGAUAUUUCGCAAGGCGAGGCGGAAUAUAGCGGAAUAGCGGAUACAGAUGUUUCUUGGGAGGAAGUGGAGGGAGAGGAGAAGGAAGAUAAAAGACCCGUUAAAAUCAUAAUACAGGAGCCGGUCAACGACGAAGGAAAGGAGGAAGAAGGAGGACAGGAGCAGCAGCCGGAAACCCUCGCAGAAUCCAGCGGAGAAACGACGACGACGAUGACAAAAACAACAACAACAACAACGAUAACGCUAGCACCCCCGGCACCAGGACCAGGCCUCCUGAUUCGCCGCAAGACGAUGCCGGACGACAUGCUGGCCCUCAACGUGGAGCAAGGGAGCUGGGAAUACGAGUGCUGCAACUGCACGCGCGAUCCUUCGCAGGUCGACGAGUUCUACUUCUGCGAGGUCUGCCACCAGACGCACUGGUGCGGCGAGUGCCUGGCCAUGAUGCGCGACCGCACGCAGCGGCCCGGCCUGGCCGUCAACGCCUGCAACCCGGUCCACGACAUGUACCGCGCGUGGCCCAUCGACGCCGAGGCCAGGGACCUGGCUGCCGUCUACAUGGACGGCGGGGCCACGCUGAGGAGGAAGUGGUUGGAGGAGCUGAGGGCGAGCUGGUUAAACAGUGACUCUUAG